AUGAAAAAAGUUGGAAAUAAUAAAGGAAGCGGGCAUAUUAUACCUUUGCAUUCUUCGGGUAUAAUUUCUGAGGCAGAUUUGGUUAACAUCCAAACUAAAGAUGUUGAAGGCAUUUUUCAAGUUUUAGAAGAUCCUAACAAUCAAGAAUAUAAAACUUUGGAAGGAUUAGAAGAUUUAAGGGUAAUCAAUAGGCCUAAAAAUGUAUUUGACCAAACAAAAAAAAGGAAGGAAAGCGAAGAAACUGAAAUUGAGCCACUUUCUGGUGAUAAAGAAACUAAUAUUAGUAGUUCCAAUAUUAUUCUCAAGCCGAGUUUUCCACCUACUUUGACAAAAUACGACCUUGUUAACAUAAUUAAGAAAACGAGCAAAAGAUGUGUUAAAGCUCGUAUUCCAAACGCCUUUUUACUUUACAGAAAUGAAUUAUUAAAGGAAUGUCGGAAUAAAAAUGUCGAAUUACAGAUAAGAAAGGUUUCAAAAAUCGCAUCACGUUAUUGGAAAAAUGAGCCACCAUUCGUAAAAGAAUUUUACCAAAAACUAGUUGAGGAUGCUAAAUCUUUGUAUAAUCUUAACAAUUUCGAAUUCGAAUUUGAUAAACAUGUUGAGAAUGAGCAAAGAAGCGGACAGGUUACGACUUUGCAUGCAGCGGGUUUAGCAGAUUUGAGUUAUACCCAAGCUAAAGAUGUUGGUGAUAUUAUCCAUGUGCAAAAUUCUUCAAGUGGAUUCCUUGAUUUUAAUGAUGAUGAUAUGGAUCCUUGUUUUUAUAACGGUUCGACUGACAUUGGAAUUUAUCACGAUGAUAAUAGCUUUUUAGAAUUUCCUUUCAUAAAAUAUAUGUCAAUUUGGAUAAUCGGUUUUAUGAAUACCGCUCUUUUUCUUAAUUACCUUCGAGGUGUACUGUAG